CCCUAAUUCCUUUGCUCAGUAAUUUCUUCAAAAAGAUAGAAACAAACGAUAUUUAGAUUAAAUUGAUUGUAGAGAAGUGUCGAGGCUCCUUGGAAUCAAAUAUUUUAGGAAUUUGAUUUCCUCCUUAUUUCCGAAGGUGGAAAGCAAAAACCCUUUUACAAAAUUUGGUAAAUUUGAUUCAGGUGAAUCACUAUUCAUCCACGCUUUUCCUCAAAUCUGCAGAUAUAGGUUUUUUUCCCUUGCAAAUUGAUCGCAAUUUCUCGAGCUGAAACGGAGACGACGCCGUGUAGAUGAGUUCCCGUGCGUUGAGAAGACGGUUGCAGAAUGAAGAUAUUGGUGGCGGAAGCCAUGAUCGCUGCGAGACCUCGGCAUCGGAUGCGUUGAGCCAGCCGUUGCUGGCAGAUGGAGAUCAUGACUAUAAUAAACCCAAGGAGGGGACGUCGCUUGGGGAUAUUUUGGAUGAAGAACGACGUAAAGAGGAUCCGCAUUGGACUAUAGUAUUCUCGAACGUGAUUGUGCAGUGGGCUCAAUGGAUAGCAAAUAUCGUUCUUGGUUCUGGGUCUCUACUAGCUCGGAUCAUAGUACCACUUAUUUCUGGCAGUGAAGAUAACAACCCCCUUCCACCUGUUUUACUUAGUCCCUUGCAGGAAGCAAGACUAAAAUAUCUAAAGCAAAGGCUUUCGAUUCCUUUUGAUGGCACUUGUUCAGAUCAUCAAGAUGCACUUGGACUACUUUGGAGGUUAGCAUAUCCUGAUAGAACGCUCCCAGCUCUUAAAUCAGAGGUCUGGAAAGACAUGGGCUGGCAGGGAUCAGACCCUUCAACAGAUUUCAGGGGCGGAGGCUUUAUAUCAUUGGAGAAUUUGAUCUUCUUUGCCAAGACAUAUCCGGAAUCAUUUCAAAACUUGUUGCACAAGAGAGAUGGAGUCAGGUCAGAGUGGGAGUAUCCCUUCGCUGUGGCUGGCAUCAAUAUUUCGUUUAUGCUGGUUCAAAUGUUAGAUCUUCAAUCAGGUAAUCCUAGCAAGUUGGCUGGACAACGCUUUUUGCAGAUGCUCAGCCACGAUGAUACGGCCUUCGACAACCUCUUUUGUGUCGCGUUCAGGAUGCUGGAUGCGCAGUGGCUUGCCAAGCAUGCCUCAUAUAUGGAAUUCAACGAAGUUCUUAAAUCCACGAGAACACAACUAGAGCGCGAGAUGGCGCUGGAAGAUGUGUCGGGUGUGAAGGAUUUGCCGGCAUAUAAUUUACUCAGAAUAUAAUCACACGUAACAUUUUCUUGUGAGUUGUGUACAAAUUUAUAUAACUUUACUCAGUUUAGAGAAAAUACUCUUCUUGUACCUAAAUUGUAUGUUUCAUUUGUUGGAAAUUACAUAUAAAAAAUAUAGCAGAAGCAUAUAAACAAA